GUCAUUCUCAAACCAGCCAAUCACAUCACGCGGUUCAAGGAGAGCCGCGGAGAGUUCCUGUUGACGCCGCAGCUGCGUUUUGACCAAACAGUCGAAUAUACAAACCUCCAUAUUUCCGUUUCCUCAUCGUGUCCGCGGGAGUACAGAGAUGAACAGCGUCGGGGAGGCCUGCACCGACCUGAAGCGGGACUACGACCAGUGCUUCAACCGCUGGUUCGCCGAGAAGUUCCUGAAGGGGGACCGCAGCGGCGACCCGUGCACCGAGACCUUCCGCAAGUACCAGCGGUGCGUGCAGAAGGCCAUCAAGGAGAAGGACAUCCCGGUGGACGGGGUGGAGUUCAUGGGCCCCAACAAGGACAAGCCCGAGAGCUGAUGAUGGAGGAGAAAUACAAGACUGAUGAUCAGUACUGAGGUCAACUUUAGGCCUACUGACCGGGGACACGAGGCCACUGAGCAUGCGCAGAAGCAGGGCUGCUGCAGAACAGCUCACGGGAAGAGGAGCCUGAACUGUGCGCGCGUGUGUGUGUGUGUGUGUGUGUGUGUGUCAUUUGUUUUGAUAUAUUUGUCUUUUCAGACCUGCUGCUUUUACUUUGGAGUUUUUCCAACCUGAAUGUGCUGCUGGAGUUACUGUCAGCAGCUUGUAGAGUUCAAACAAUGAAUCAGAAAUAAACGUCGCAACACACAUUGUUGACGUCAUGUACCAAAUAAAAACACACCUCAACCUCUGGUUAGUGACAGAAACUUAAUCCCCAACUAUUUUGAGAGUCGAUUAAUCUUCAAAGUUUCCAGACUCCUGCUCCUGAUUUCCUGCUUUUCUGUUUUUUUCUACCAUCAAAGUGAAAAUUAUCUUUGAGUUUUGACAAAACAAGAACUGAGGUCAUUCUUCAAGUGACAGAUCUACAGCAGGGGGGCCACACUCAUUUCAGUUCAGGGGCCACACACAGCCCAAUUUGAUCUCAAGUGGGCCGGACCAGUAACAUCAUAUAACCUAGAAAUAUCCACAACUCCAAAUGUUUCCUUUUGUUUUUGCCGGUUUUGGCCCCCGAUGGAGAACAUUACUUGAUCAUGAAAACAGUCGUCAGCUGCAGCUCUUGAGUGUUUCUGCAGAUUUAAACACACAGCACUGAUUUUAUUUCCUUACAGUUUAUUUAACAUGAAUGUUGACCGGCUGUUUGUAAACAAUCAGGAAAGAAAUCAAGUGUUAUAAUUUAUUAUAUGAUGUUUUGAUUGUUAAUUGUCAUGUGCCAAGUAAACACACGUCACUCUGGUGCAGCUUCUCCAGCGUCGCUUUGUUCUCGUUAUUUCAAUAUAAACUGAACGUUUGCACAUUUUUCUCUAAUAUCUGACAUUUUAUGAACUAAAAUAUUAAUUCAUUAACUGGAAAAAUAACUAUUUGGGUUCAUUGUUAGCUUUCUUUUCUGUCAUCAUCUAAGCGACAAUUCCUCUGUAAAUUUGAAUUUAUUAACUUUUGUUUUGACAAUAAAUUAAAUAUUCAAAACAUAUUUUGAAACAUGCCUUUUUAUUUAUUUUUACAUUAGUUAUUGACAUGCACAUCAUAUUCCUGUCAGUACUUCCAACCUACAUAUAACAACAAGAAUCUUUUAACUACCAUAAGAAGGAAUAUUCAGCGUCGAGCAGCUGACAGGAAGUGUUCUGGUCAGUGUGUCGUAAAGAUGUCAUGCCUCACAGGAACUCACAGGAACUUCCUGCUCCUGAUGUUUGUUCUUUCUUUUACAUGAACUUUGCUCAUAAAGCUGUGAAUGUAUUUGAUAAAAUGUCAGAUUAAUGUGUAGAACGGUUUGCUGCCUGUUAUAAAAUAAAAAUACUUCCUCUGA